CCCAUGGAGGAAGGUUCAGGUCGAUGUUCAGGAAGCUCAGAGCCCCAUGGAGGAGGAAGGUCCAGGUAGAUGUUCAGGAAGCUCAGAGCCCCAUGGAGGAGGAAGGUCCAGGUAGAUGUUCUAGAAGCUCAGAGCCCCAUGGAGGACGAAGGUCCAGGAAGCUCAGAGCCCCAUGGAGGAGGAAGGUUCAGGUCGAUGUUCAGGAAGCUCAGAGCCCCAUGGAGGAGGAAGGUUCAGGUAGAUGUUUAGGAAGCUCAGAGCCCCAUGGAGGAGGAUAGUUCAGGUAGAUGUUCAGGAAGCUCAGAGCCCCAUGGAGGAGGAAGGUCCAGGUAGAUGUUCAGGAAGCUCAGAGCCCCAUGGAGGAGGAAGGUUCAGGUAGAUGUUCAGGAAGCUCAGAGCCCCAUGGAGGAGGAAGGUCCAGGUAGAUGUUCAGGAAGCUCAGAGCCCCAUGGAGGAGGAAGGUUCAGGUAGAUGUUCAGGAAGCUCAGAGCCCCAUGGAGGAGGAAGGUUCAGGUAGAUGUUCAGGAAGCUCAGAGCCCCAUGGAGGAGGAAGGUUCAGGUAGAUGUUCAGGAAGCUCAGAGCCCCAUGGAGGAGGAAGGUCCAGGUAGAUGCUCAGAGCCCCAUGGAGGAGGAAGGUCCAGGUAGAUGUUAAAUGUGUGGAUAAUGUUGUGUGUUCCAGUCAGGAGGAGGCUCUGUGUAGGGGGGUGUACGCCCCCCAGGACCACUACUCGUUCCCCCCUACCAGGGUGGGGGAGACCAGCACACUGAAGGUCAACAUGAGAAACAACUCCUUGGAAACACAUGGGCUGAUGUUCCUAACCCCUAAAGAGCCCUUCCACAUCAAGCAUUCCAAAUAUUCCCUCAGACCCCAACGCUACAUCCACCUGCCAGUCCAGUUCAAGCCGGUUGUAACUGGCAACCACUCCAGCCUGCUGUUGGUUCAGACAGAUACCAGUGGAAACAUCGCUAUCCAGCUGACUGGUGAGGCCCUGACUGGCCUGAGGACUGCUGGUCUGGGUCAGUGAGGACUGCUGGUCUGGGUCAGUGAGGACUGCUGGUCUGGGUCAGUGAGGACUGCUGGUCUGGGUCAGUGAGGACUGCUGGUCUGGGUCAGUGAGGACUGCUGGUCUGGGUCACUACUUCAGACCAGAGCUGUAUAGGGAAUAGUGUGCCAGCAUGAGACCACUACAGCUCUAUAUCCUAUCCUCUGGGGGUCUGUAUGGAGCUAGCAGACUACAGCUCUAUAUCCUAUCCUCUGGGGGUCUACAUGGAGCUAGCAGACUACAGCUCUAUAUCCUAUCCUCUGGGGGUCUGCAUGGAGCUAGCAGACUACAGCUCUAUAUCCUAUCCUCUGGGGGUCUACAUGGAGCUAGCAGACUACAGCUCUAUAUCCUAUCCUCUGGGGGUCUGCAUGGAGCUAGCAGACUACAGCUCUAUAUCCUAUCCUCUGGGGGUCUACAUGGAGCUAGCAGACUACAGCUCUAUAUCCUAUCCUCUGGGGGUCUACAUGGAGCUAGCAGACUACAGCUCUAUAUCCUAUCCUCUGGGGGUCUGCAUGGAGCUAGCAGACUACAGCUCUAUAUCCUAUCCUCUGGGGGUCUGCAUGGGGCUAGCAGACUACAGCUCUAUAUCCUAUCCUCUGGGGGUCUCCAUGGAGCUAGCAGACUACAGCUCUAUAUCCUAUCCUCUGGGGGUCUGCAUGGAGCUAGCAGACUACAGCUCUAUAUCCUAUCCUCUGGGGGUCUACAUGGAGCUAGCAGACUACAGCUCUAUAUCCUAUCCUCUGGGGGUCUGCAUGGAGCUAGCAGACUACAGCUCUAUAUCCUAUCCUCUGGGGGUCUGCAUGGAGCUAGCAGACUACAGCUCUAUAUCCUAUCCUCUGGGGGUCUGCAUGGAGCUAGCAGACUACAGCUCUAUAUCCUAUCCUCUGGGGGUCUGCAUGGAGCUAGCAGACUACAGCUCUAUAUCCUAUCCUCUGGGGGUCUCCAUGGAGCUAGCAGACUACAGCUCUAUAUCCUAUCCUCUGGGGGUCUCCAUGGAGCUAGCAGACUACAGCUCUAUAUCCUAUCCUCUGGGGGUCUGCAUGGAGCUAGCAGACUACAGCUCUAUAUCCUAUCCUCUGGGGGUCUACAUGGAGCUAGCAGACUACAGCUCUAUAUCCUAUCCUCUGGGGGUCUGCAUGGAGCUAGCAGACUACAGCUCUAUAUCCUAUCCUCUGGGGGUCUGCAUGGAGCUAGCAGACUACAGCUCUAUAUCCUAUCCUCUGGGGGUCUCCAUGGAGCUAGCAGACUAGAAACAUUUUACUGAAUGGGAUGUCUAGUAAAACCUGAAGAGAGUUGUUAUGGCUGAUGUCAUGUGACAGGGUUUCUAUGGGGUUUUGGUCAGGUGACCUACUGAUGAACCUCAGUGCUUGGCCAGGAGGAGGUUUUCCAUCAACUCCUGGUUCCCUACUUUGGUUUUCUAUUAGAAAUGGCACAUGGUUGAUAUUUUAAAUUAACUAGAUAAAAUAAAGAUUUGUCAAACAUU